AAGAGAUUACGCUCAUAACCAGCCGGUAUGAAAUAGUAUAUACACAAGCUUUUAGGUAUAACCGUUGUGGCCGUGGACCGACACCGGAUCUCGACAAGGCGUGGUCGAAUUGCCCGACCCUUCGCACAACGCCGAAUCCUGCAAUUCCGUCAUUUUUCUGACGACUAGAUCAUUGACGCACACCCUGGCGAUCUGAUAUCGCGCCGAGUCGCGCUCAGGAUGGCAAUACCACAGACUGCUUCCCAAGCAAAAACUGCCGCUCAAAGCCAUGGGUUAGAGGUGCCGGUCUGUCCUGGGCAUGGACAAACUGCAAAGAGGACCGUCAGCAAGACUCCAUCAAACAACGGUAGAGCAUUCUACUCUUGUGCUUUCAGGCCGUCAUCCUGCGACUACUUCCAAUGGGAGGACAAGCUCGCCGGCUAUCAGGCGGACGGCGUCACGAAAGGAUCAGCCGAUACAUCCUCCGCUAGUGAGGCUGGAACUCCUCUCGAGUCGAAAGCUGCGAUAUCGACAAACAAGAUCGCUCAAGCCUCACCUGCUCCCGCACCAUUCGGAGCGACUCCAGCUCAGCCUAUUGCAUCCGGCUCAGGGUCUAAUCACCCUCGGCCCGAAUCUCGAGAGGUAGCAACAGUCGGAUCCGGUAGCAACCCGACCACAUCGUCAUCACUAGCAGCAGAUGCUCAUCAAAUAACUCCUACGGAAUCAUCCACAACGUCUACAUCUCGCACGACCAGGAGCUGGAAUUCUGCUCGACAACGAUUGUUGGCUCAGAAAAAGAUCCGGCCCGGUAACGCUGUCAAGAACGAGAACAAUUCGGUCAAGGACGAAAAUACCUCGCCUGCUUCAGCAACUAUUUCACCUGUCUCAACACCCACUGCACCUGUCCCCGUACCGUCCCCACCCGUCUCGACACCCGCCGCACCUGUUUCGCAAGCCAAUCCAGAUAUACCGACAAGUACUUCACCCGCUUCAAUGGCCACUCCAACUCAGUCGACGCCCCGUAUCUCAUCCGCCAUGCCUGCUCGCGCACCGAGCUCCCCUCUCACGCCGCCACCCGACGAUCCGCCAAACUUCGCUAGCUCGCUACCCAUAUCGGCCCCGGCAACGGCCACAGUCCAGGCUCAGUCAAACACAUCGUCAGAGACAGCAGCUAGCCACCUGGAUCCCGAGUCCACAACGGUUGCGCCUCUAACGAACGCAGUCACCACGACAGCCUCUGCUCCAAGCAUGACAGUGCAGCAACUCAGCGAAGCCUUUGGCGAGGUCGCAAGCAGGUGGGCCGCGUCACAGUCGAAAUCACAACCCACACAGGCUGCCUCAGGUUCGAAGAGACCUGCUCAAGCAGAUAACUUGAGCGAUCCCGAAAUUACCUUUCUGGGAGAACGUGGUCCGGACAGUCAUCGCGACAAACGUCAGCGAACUCAGCAGGAUGACACACAGGAGCGUCAGGAGGCUCAAAGGCGUUUAGACGGAACUGCCAGAGCCGCGGACAUCAACUCUGAUCAUCUUCCAGUCGCUCUCACUAACCCCACAGUCUGGAGGUAUCUGUCCGAAGGUGGAGCCAAUGUGGUGUUUGUUUAUACGGGAACCGACCCCGUCUUUCUCGGCAAGGUAUUACGUAUCAGGAAGCAAAGCGCCUUCGCCAGUCGCGAGGAGCAGUCGACCAACGACUACUGGCACGACUGGUUGCUGCCAGAUGUCUUCGAGGCCGUAUCACCGGGAGCGCGGGGUUUCUUGCCUGCUAUCUGGCGGGUCAAGGUCCGUCCCGAGUGGAUCGAGACGUUGGAUUUUUUGACCUGGACUGCGCGGCCUGAAGCACGCCGAGUGACAGGUGCACACCUUGAGCCAGAGUCACUCGUCGUCGUCACGGAAAACGUCAUUGGCGGAAAAGCGCAACUCGCGAUCGAAUUGAAACCCAAGGCCGGGUACGUUCCCGUCCCUCAUGGACUGGAUCCAAGGUAUGCGGAGAUCAAAACCUCUGUCUGCAAGUAUUGCAUGAAGCGCACAUCGCAGCUGCCGCCGGGAAAAGCGUGCAGAUACGCAUUCUGUCCCGUCGACCUGUAUAGCAACCAGUUCUCCGCACGCUUCCGGGCAUUGGAUUGUCUCACAGAGUCAUGGAAAGCGGGAACAGCAGGCAACAACAUGAGAGUGUUCGUCGACGGCGAAUUGCUUAAACCGGAUGAUCCGCCGAGAUACAACCUUGAUUAUCGCGAUCCUGCGUCGUUGACGACGUUGCUACACGACGCCUUAAGCGACAGUCAGAUUCUGGACGUCCUCGCCGAAACACAGAAACGCUUCGACUUGGUCGACAUCCAGGCCAUUGGCUGCAUUGUCGGGCCGCAUAGCAAUCGUCCUGAUCAGCCAUUUGAUCUGGUCAAUCACCGCGCGCAGACGGAAGAAAUUACGAAAGUGUGCCAAAAUCGCUUUCGACGAGACGCAACUGGUCAAUACGUCAGUCCGCACAUGUUGCGAGAGUCGGAGGAUUUGAGAAGCCUCUGUGUCGGCAUCUCGUUGGCUGCUAUCGUCAGAGACUGCUCCAUCAUUCUACGUUGGAACCUGGCUGAGUUGGCGGGACGUGUCCCACAAUCCGCGGCCACGGUCCAGCUCGUCGACCUAGAUCUAAAGCCUAUGGCGAACUUGAACAAGUGGUGGAAGCAGGAUCAAGACCUCUGCAAAGCGAUUCGCAAUCGAGCACUGGCUAUACCGUGCGGUGCCGGGGGAUCGCGAGGCUACAGCGGGAGAUCACUUGUGUUUCCUCGCUACGUCCGCCCCGAUCUCAAAGAAGCGGGUCGGGUCGCAGCUUUGAAUACUGAACUGCUUAGGUCUCGAACCGAACUCGAAAAGUCAAAGAAGGACUCGGUUACCCACCGAAACGAAGCUACUCAGCUGAGGGAGCGAAAUGCACAGGUAGAAAGGGCAUUGAACAGGAUGCGUAGGGAGCUAGACUCUAUCGGUUAUAUGUAGACGAAUGCUUGUAGGUAUACUUUAUAAUCGUCUGCCAAGAUGUCACACGCAUUCACGCUAUGGCGAUGUCAGAAGCGCAUCA